AUGUCAGAGCGAACCAAGUAUAAACCAUAUUGGUUAACGUCAAGUUAUUAUAGAAAAUUAAGAAAAAAUAAAAACAAUAACAAUGAGAGUAUACGUGAAAGUGCACACAUUGAUAAUAUUACAAGUUAUGCAAGUGCCAGUGUCGUUCACAAUGAUCAGUUAGUAAAUUCGACAGAACCAUCAACAGCAAAUGAUAACUAUAAUGUAUUAGUUAAUGAUGAAGAGUUUGACUCGAUUCCUGAACAAGAUGAUACAGAUACUAAUCAAGAGCAAUUAAUAAAUGAUAAAUUGUCAUUGUUAAAUGAACUGUCAGAUUGGGCGAUUGCAUACAAAUUGAUUCUGGCUUCUGUCACUAGCUUAUUAAAGAUAUUGAGAUCGCACGGUAUGACAGAGCUACCAAAAGAUGCAAGAACUCUAUUAAAAACUCCUUUAUCCACCGAUAUUAUUGAAAUGGGAACAGGGAAAUUUUGGUAUAAUGGAAUUAAAUCAAAUUUAUUAUCAACUCUUUCGAUUUGUGAUAUUUCCCAACCACUGACAAUAUCGUUAGUAUUUAAUAUCGACGGCAUGUUACCGUUUAAUGGCUCUCAGCAUCAAUUCUGGCCAAUUUCUUUUAUCAUCAAAAACAUGUCUCAUAUACAACCAAUGGUUGCAGCGAUUUAUUAUGGUGAUAGCAAACCGCCUCUCCAAUUAUUUUUUAAGCAAUUUAUUGAAGAAUUGAAGGAAAUUUGCAGAGAGGGCUUGCAAAUCGGUAGACAUGAAGUAAAUGUCAAGAUAGAAUGCUUCAUUUGUGAUACGCAAGCUAGAAGUUUUAUUAAAGGCACUCCUGGUUCAAAUGCUGAAUAUGGAAGUUGUAUAAAAUGUACUGUAGUAGGAGAUUGGGAUAAAAAAGGAAGGCAUAUGAGUUAUCCUAAAAUUGAUUGCCCUCGCAGAACCAAUGAGAGCUUUCGCAGUAAAAUAGAUGAAGAUCAUCAUAAAGAAGAUACUCCUCUAACGGAGUUAGAUAUUGACAUGGUAGAAGAUUUCGUCUUACACGCAGAUGCUUAUACGGAUGGCGCGAGGGUAGUUACAAUUUCCGUACGAAAUGGUCAAAAGCACAAGCGGAUUCAAUAUCAGAAAUGCUACAAACUUGUAAUGCAACUAAACCAAAUGAUAUUCAUCGACAAAUAA